AUGUCGCCGAGAGACUCGGGAAAUUCCUUGAUCAACAGGAGCACUCUGUUGUGUUCCUCCCCAGGUCAGCGAUCAACUGUACCGGUCCUUGACCUCCGCACUGCUCGGGAUCAUCGGCUGGGCUUCGAUGACGUCCGUUGUAUCUCACGAAUCGCACAAGCCAUCAAUGAACUCGUAGGGCUCGUUGGGAUAUCAAUCGAGUUCAAGGUUGACGGUAAUCCCCAAUCGAAGUACGCAGACCGGGCUCGGUUAUUGACGCAGGACUUGGUAGGGACAAACCCUCGUGAUGUACGCCUCGUCGCUGGUGACGGCGGUGUUGUGGCCCGCAAAGAGCUUCUAUUAACCCUUAUGAAGAUGUGUGUCCCUCACAAACUCGGUGCGCCGAUUUUGAUCACUGCACUGGCGUCGUCAACUUCUUGGCAUCCCUUUCUGACACUCAGACCCAGACCAGCCAUCUGUGCUGGUAAUGGAUGGGGACGAUUCGUUGGUGGUCAUCUCACCCCUAGACUUGAUGUGUUCGACAUCUGUCAUUAUGAGUUUCGCUUCUUACAGCAGUCGGUACUUGUCAACAUAAUCAAACCUAACUCCGCUGUUCGAAUUGGAGAACCUAGCAACCACCUCGGACUAUAUCAUCUUAACAUCAACGACAUCUUCCACAAAGACUACGGGGCUACGCAGAUCAAUUUCGUCAAGUUCCUGGUCGUCGACAUGAUGGGCUAUCUUCCUCAGCUCGAUGAGAUGUGUAUUCUUCCCAACGGGCAGCACUUCAAUACAGAAAACCAGUGCUGGGAGACGGCCCCGUCAACGUGA